AUGGCCCUCACAUCACGCGAGAAAAAAGCCUCUCGCAUCACCACGGCGUGUAAUCCAUGUCGAGCGCGGAAGCAAAAGUGUAGUGGUGAAAGACCAAGAUGCGAACAAUGUCUCGAAUACGGCCGUCCUUGCGCUUGGCCAGAACAACUUAAACGCGGCCCCGCAAAAGGCUACAUCGAAACCCUCGAACACCGUCUUCACGAAACAGAGCAUUUACUACUAAGACUCCUCGGUCAUGUAUCAGAUGAUGAGCUUUCUAAGAUUCUUUCAGAAGGAAAAGUCACAUCGUCCAUCAUCUCAAACUCAAACUUGAACUCGAAAUCGAAUACCAAUCUGGACGUGGACCAGAACCAGAAGAAUAAUUUGAUAAUACCACCACUAUCAUUAUCAUCCACUACGAGAAAGACAGGCGCAGAGUACUGGAAACGAUUCCCUUUAUCUUCUACUGAGAGUAUUCGGAGGUGGGAGAGGGAUUGUUAUCAUCUUCAUCAUCAUGCGGGUUGGACGGGAGGUGUGUCUUCUGGUUUAUGUUCGAGUUCUGCUGGUGCUGGCGAUAGUGUUGUCCGGCGUGAUACAGACCUGAGUUUAUCAUCUAUAGAUGAUAGCUCGUCGCGAGGUGCAGCAGCCCGAACACAUUUUGGAGAUACAGUGAUUGAAGAUCCACCAGUUCCUUUGGGGCAGAGCCCGAGGAAACGCCAGAGAACCAGUUUGAGUGAUAGUCGUUCAGUCGUUCAACGAGAAUCGGAACAAGAGCCAGGAAUGCGGGGUCCGGUUUCUUGUUCUUCUUCGGAAGAGACUCCCAGAAAGGGGAUAAUACAACAGUAUCAGGAUCUGAAUCGGCAGGCGGAAGAUCAGAACGAUCUGCAUGCCAACGGGACCGUACCAUCUUCAGCCGAUGGAAGAGAGUAUCAAGUUGCAAACAGAAAUACAGGAACCACGCCAUCCCAAAUAGUGGAUUCAAUAUAUGCGUCGACGCCGACUCCGACAGCGCCAAUGGAGCUGAGUUCGUGGAUCGCGGCGCCACCUGUGAAGUUUCAGAGACAGUUUUUGUGGUGA